AUGACAUCCGUAAUGGUUGUCCCAUUAGAUUUCAAAAGCAAGGACAAAGUUAAAAAUGUUUCCAUUAACCUGAUUCUAAAUACUUCACGAACUCAAAGGAAGUCAGAAGAUGCUACCUCAAUGACAUCUGCUGGUCAAAAGUCGCCAAUCACUCCUCCUCCAAAAUUACCUCCAAUCGACAAGUCUAUGUUUCCCAGAACCCUACAGCCUAUUUCUAAAACAAAUGCUUCUCAUGUUUCUCUUCCAACUCAAACCGCCACUGUUCCAAUUAGAAAGUCAAAAGCUGAUUUUACAUCUAAAGAAGAGCUUUUAGGAAUUAAUGAGCCUAUGGAAAGGGCCUCUGAAGAGAUUAGUUGGAAUCCAAAUGAUCCUUCAGGAUCGCCCGAUCGCAUUAACAGACAAGCUCAAACAGUAUUUAUGGAACCCUCUGGUAAUUAUUGGUAUGGUAUUCAACCCCAAUCAGUCUACUUUGACCAGAAUAAGCAACCAGUGUUUGUGCAAAAUCCCCAUUCGGAGCCGCAUCCGAUCCAGAUGCUGCCAGGGCAGCCAGUUACAGUUCAACAAAAACCCCAGGCGCAUCAGAGCCAGAUUCCUCUAAUAUCUCAAGCGCAUUAUCUUCCCAUUGGACAAGUUAGUGGAUUUCCUACAAUAUCGGUUUCCCCAGGAGAACAUAAUAAUAGUUUAAACUCUACUUACCCCCAUCAGGCACCAGCUCGUUCAUCUAUUUCUCAACAAGGAUACGUGCUUUCUCCACCUCACUUCCUUCUUCCAGGUACUGUUGUUAAACCAGAAACACAAUCCGAUAGCACGACGGAUACUCAGAAAAAAUAG